ACUCUUUCACAUUAUGAAUUUUCCAGGCACUUACUUCUUUUGAUAAAAAAAUGGGGACGUCGUAGCGGGGUUAUUAAUUCGAUGGAUGGUCUUCUUGCGAGUUACGCCCUAACUGUUAUGUGUGCUCAUUUCUUGAUUAAGGUUGGUAAACUACCCAAAGUAUCCACGCUACGUUCCACAGAUGAACCACAGCUUCUUCCAUUUUUUCCGGAGUAUCGUCCACUAAAUGAUGGUAAAGGUUUGGAUGUUGCAGAGCUUGGUUUUUUGACUGCAGCCUUUUUUGAGUACUAUGGUCAUAUCUUUGAUUACGAAAAAAAUGUUGUUUGCACGACGAAUAUGAAUCUUCUUAAGAAAACGAUGCGCUGGGAAAAAUCCCCCGGUUUGGAAACUGGACGACCACCAUUUUUUGAGUUUGCCAUUAAGGAUCCAUAUGGUUUGGAUAAUAUAGGAAGAAACCUUGACAGAGAAGCCACAGAAUACGUUAAAGAUGCUCACAUUGUCGCCCUAAAGUAUAUUCUUGAUGAAAGAAACGACCCCGAGUUCACUAUCAAUAAUAUCACGCAAUCCCCACCACGACCACAAUGGAAGGAUCGCACGUUGGCAUCAAGGGGUAUUGCCUCUUCAAAUUGCUCGCCUGACCAACUAGAGGCUCAUCACAUGCUAAAACGGAUGGAGUUUCAUGAGCGCAGAAAGGCCAUGGAACGUUUUGGUCAACGAACUGUAAGAAGCACAGAGCAGCAGCGUGUUGUAUCAAGCGUUGCUAAUGACGUUCUUGGUUGGAUACGUGGCGACGACUCGCAACAAUAA